AUGCGUUUGCAUUCCAACGUCGCCGCCCGCGCACGCGCCCGUCGCGCGGUGGAGGAUCCCUCCGUCCCCGGGGGCUACGCGGUGAAGGUAAUACCAGAGGACCCCUCCUGCAGAUCCAUCCGGCUGGUGACUGAGAUGAUGGUGCUUGUUGGCGAGGGGAUGGGCAGCGUUGGAGGCAAAGAGGGAAUUCCUCUGCCGUUCAGGCACCAGAAGGCCCCCGACAACUUUCCUGAAGCCGACUUGGAGUUGCUGCCGGAGAAAUACUGCAGGGCACAGGCGAGCCGUGGUGCUGUGUCGGGCGCGUACAAGUACAUGAGCUCUGCGACAACGGCCACCACCCCGCAGCCACACUGGGGACUCGGCCUGGAUUCCUACGUGCAGUGGUCGUCUCCGAUCCGAAGAUACUUGGACCUGCUCGCACACUACCAGGUGAAGCGGUGGCUCCUGGGGCAACCUACCCUCGACGGGUCGUUGGUGAUGGCCGAAGUCGAGGCCGGCGAUGGAGCCGUGCAAACUGCUAAUAUGGUGAUGCGCAAGACUAACAAGUACUGGGUUACGGAGUACCUUUCGAAGCUUGUGGGAAGUGACAUGGAGGCCUAUGUGGUAUCCUACCGGGAUGCACGAGAAAAGGGGGGCAAGGUUAUGUACAAUCUCCUUCUCCUUGGCCUUGGCAUCACGCUUCCUUACAUGGAAGCUGGGCUGAGCAUGGAGCUCGGAGAAUUGGUGGUUGUACGGGUGGUGGCGUCCUCUGCGCGAAGCCUCUUUACCAAGAUCUCUUGGAGACGAAUGUCCUCGGCAGAGAGGUCAGCGAGUGAGGGGCGGUUAAAGGACGAGGCUGCCCUCGCCGGCCUCCCGGACGGGGGAGGGGUGGUGGGGUCCGUAGCGUCGAGAAGUAGCGUGGGGAGCGGCAGAAGUGGUGGAGACAGUGCUAGAGACGGAGAGAACUCGGGGAGCGGCGGGGAGGUUUCUGCGGGGGACGGGGGCGUCGCAGCUGUGGGCAGUAGUCCCGACGGGAGUUCAAGGGAUGCAACGAGAUGGCCGUAGUGAAGAAAUAGAGCGGGAAAAGUUAGUUGAGGAGUUUUUAGACUAAACGGGGAUAGUUUUGUCAUUGGAAAACCAGGAGGAGGUUCCAGCAGAGUUUGGUGCUAGACGCGAAUACAUACUCGGGGCGGAUGGGCACGUUGCGACUGCGUGUGGUAGGGGUAUCAACACCCAGAUAAACCAGCGCAACACUCGGGUUCAGGCGUGCGAACGAUGGAGCGUUUGCGGG